CCCGGCCGGGGGGAAAAAAAGUCAACCAGCAGCCACCAUUUCUCGCAGAAAUGGAGCAUCAUCAUCCCUCCAUUCACAGCUUCUACCUGUACAGCGAGUACAUGGCAACGGCGGCCGGCGGCGGCGGCACCGCUGCGACGUCGUCGUCGUCGUCGUCUUCGUCCUCCUCCUCCGGCUCCGACUCGCUUCCGUUCAGCAUGGUUUGCGGCGGCGACGAGGCGCCCGCGGCCGUGUCGUGGCGCGCCGCGGAUGCUGCCGAGGUCUCGGUGCCAUCGGCGGUUGCCGCGGGCGCGGCGGGGCAGCUGGUGGCGCCUAACAACAAGGGUGGUGGCGCGUUCAUCGGGGUGCGGAGGCGGCCGUGGGGGAGGUUCGCGGCGGAGAUCCGCGACUCGACGCGGAACGGCGCGCGGGUGUGGCUCGGCACCUUCGACAGCGCCGAGGCCGCCGCGAUGGCCUACGACCAGGCGGCCCUGUCCGCCCGGGGCUCCGCCGCCGCGCUCAACUUCCCCGUGGAGCGCGUUCAGGAGUCGCUCCGAGCGCUGGCGCUGGGCGGCGGCGGCGCGGGUGGUGCCUCCGCCGCGGGGGGCUCGCCCGUGCUGGCGCUCAAGUCGCGGCACUCCAAGAGGAAGCGGCGCAAGAAGUCCGAGCUUCUGGCGGCGGCGGCGGUGGCGGCAGCGAACGGCUCGGCGUCGGGCAGGAGCAAGAGCAAGAACACGACGGCGGCGGACGAGCAGCAGCGCUUCGUCGUGGAGCUGGAGGACCUCGGCGCCGACUACCUGGAGGAGCUCCUCAGAAUCUCCGAGUGCUAGCUAAGUGAUCACUGAUGCGCGCUUGGGUCUUGAGGAAGAAUCAAUCUUCAAUGCAAUGUCCAAGCCACCUUAAU